AUGGCACCUGCUGUGCGGCGUGGCGCUGCAAGGCUGCUGUGGCAAUCGGUGAGAAGAAUAGCAGUGCCCGGCAGGCAGGAACCCACAAGGCGGGCCUUGCCCGUGGCGGCUGGCUCUGACGAGCGCUCCGACUGGCUUUGGGCCGCGCGGGCAUUAGGUGGAGCUGCAGCGGCAUUGGUCGCUGGUGGAGCUGUUAGCCGCUCGUACUGCGAUGGUGGCCACGGCACGGCGCAUCGUCUGUACCCCAAGGACCUCGAGCAAUUUCUGAAGCCCUCGGAGUUCAACCCAAUUCCGGUGACCAUGCCACCGCCGUUCCCAGGACUUGCCAGGCAGCAAUGGUCACAACGGCACGUGGCUCCAAUUCUAGGUCUUCCGAUGCGGGGCAAGACCCACAUCGCGAGAGAGCUGAAGCGGUACAUUGAGUUCUUCCACGGUGCUCGUGCAGAGAUCUUCUCCGUCACAGAGUACGUGGGCCCGGAUGGUGAGGACAGGCUGUACGAAGCCUUAAAUAGCUUCUUCGAUGUCACCAACUCGCCCAUGGCAGACCCAUACGAUUUCGAUCAGUGUGGAGUUGAAGGCUCAGGCGGCUUUGCCAUCAUUCUCUCCAGUGACACUGUCGAGUCUACGAAGUCCAUGUGGAGUGCCCACACGAAGUGGCAUCGGAAGUGGAUGGCGCGGAAGCUCGAGGAUGAGAUGCAGGCGGAGGUCUGCUUCAUCCAAAUCUCGGUAGACAGUCCGAAAGGCGAGAAGUACUUGUCGGACCUUGCGGCCUACCGGGGCAUGACUCUAGAGGAGACCAGGAACGUGAUCGACGAGUACCAGGACCACUACGUGCCCAUCCAGAUGGACCAGUCUGAAGACCAGACUCCCUACAUCCACCUCAUGAACUACAACCAGAAGAUGGUCGUGAACAAAAUGAUGCGGUCCUUUGUUGGAUCGCAGGUUUGCCACUUCCUGUCGAACUUGCAUCCAUUUGAGCACACGGUCUAUCUUGCCAGACACGGGGAGAGUGAGUUCAACGUCGAAAUGCGCAUUGGCGGCGACUCCGGGCUCUCUCGCAGGGGUGAAGAGUUUGCACGACGAACGGCCGAGUUUGUGAAGUAUGUGGUCUGUGGCCACGCAGAUGACUUGGUGUGCGUCACCCUGACUUCCAAAGCAGUCCGCAACCUCCACGAGUGGGUUACAGAGUAUGGGAGGAACGUCGUCGCGACCAGGGACUGGAAAGACUUUGGAGAUGGAAGUGGUGGCCGUGUGCAAAGGUUCAUGCAGCUUAAGCGGAUGCAGAUUGGCUGGGGCGCGGACUUCCAGGAUGCUCCAGACACCGUCAAGGACCUCUUGAAGAAGGUGGAGGGAGCCAAGGUCUUGACACUGGUCUUCGUUGCUGGAGACACCCGCGGCGCCAACACCGUGCCCGGAAGGCUUUGGACUUCUUCCCUCCGCCGCACCAUCGAGACGGCUCAGUUCAUCGAGCACCCGAUCAUGGAAGGCGCCGAUGGCAAGCCUUACUACCAGAUGCGCGGGCGACAGUUCAGGAACAUGGACGAGGUCUAUGCCGGGGAAUAUGAUGGGCUCACCGAGGAGGAGAUCACAAAACGAGCGCCCAACGUCAUUUCUGAUCGAAAGCGGGACAAGCUUGGCUUCAGGUAUCCUCGUGGGGAAUCGUACUACGACAUCAUUGCGCGGCUCGAGUCCGUGAUGUCGCACCUGGAGCGGAUCCAGCAGCCCAUCCUCAUCAUCUCCCAUCAGGCAGUUCUCCGGCUGAUGUACGGUUGGCUUAUGCACAAGACUCGGGAGGACUCCGUGGAAACACAGGUUCCGCAGCACGAAGUGGUAAGGAUUUGCUUCGAUGGUCUCGGGGGCCCGCCCGUGGAAAGGCGAUUUCCUCUCGGGCCGACGCACUUGACCGACGACGGGCAGUCGGAUCUCUAA